CUCCCUCGCUCCCUCUCUCGAACGCACACACUCAGACACACACACACACACACACACACCAUCCUGAACAGCUCGAUCGCCCCUCUCGCUUGCUCUACCGAAAACAUUAAGUCACGUUUUGUUAUCCUCCGGUGGAACCGCAGAGCGAAACGCUUUCAGAAUUCUGCGCAUUGUAAACCUGUGUAAUUGAAUACCACCGGUAUUAACGGAGAACGCGAGAGGAACAAGAUAGAGACAACGGAAGAAACGAAGAGGUGUCCCCUCGUCAGAAACACAAGGGCUAUGUUGACAGCGCGGGACUGGAGGAGAUAAAGAGAAAGAGAGAGCAAGAGAGUUAACCAUCUGUGAAUCACAUCAAGGCAGCUGUGGUCAGAGUGGACUGCAGUUCAUCUCAAUCGAGAGGCGGAGAGGGGGGACAGAAUAAAGAAGAGGAGAGAGAGAAGGAGUGGGUGCCUUGGUGAGUUUCCAUGCCCAGGACAGUGAACCCUGGUUGGGGGGACUUUCAGGCGACAGUGGGGUUGGACAAGGCCCCUGUAGUUCCUGUAGAAAGAUGAGGAACUCUGAAAAGACAAUGUUUUUGCUGAGUGACUGAGCUAGCGAAAGAAAGUCUGACUUAAGGAUUCCGGGAUUACAGCAUGGAUUGACAUUUAUUUCUGCUCAAUGAAGGGAAUAUUUACUUUUCUCUGCAUAACUUUAAAAAAAUAAAGUUAAAAAUAUCUGUUGGUCUUAUCUGAGGGGAUUUAAAUAGUAACUUUAAUGGCAUCAGCUUUUUCGAAGACCUUUUUUUUUGCUGGUCUUAUUUUCCUCAUGAAUAUUGAGAGCCUUAACUGAGACUACCCUGUAACCUUGGUAACCAAGCAGUAACCAUGGCAGCAGCCUAUCGUCUUGUCGUGAGCAGUGUCAGUUGCUAUAGCAGCGUUGUAGUUGAUCGCCGUGCUCAGAGUCACGCGGUACACUACUGUUCCGGACCGUGCGGGGUUCUGUCCCAGGGACUGGACUGUACUGUAGCCCACCGCGGCACCUGCUUGGCUCUGCUGGACACCUCCGAACACACACAGACAUUCACGCACAACCCGACCCGAAACUCACCUCACCAAACCUCCGAUAUGUGUAAAACAGGAAUCACCAUGGAUACCUGUUCCAACGGGAGUGUGGGUGUCCCUAAUGAUCCUCUAUAUAACAGUGUAUAUAGCCUGAUGUGUGAGGACAGCCCUCCAUGGCGAGUUAAGAAGGGCAACACGAGCACCGGCUUUAGCCCAGAGCGUCCUCUCCAGAGCUCUGCCAGUCUGAAGGACAUCACGGGGGAGGCCAUCAACCUGGCCAGCGGGAAACUCAAAGAGUUCUCCUUUGAGAAACUCCGCCUCUCCACCAGUCAUGUGACCUUCAGGAAAGGUCGCAAGGUCAGGCCAGACUCCUACAGCCGUCGGUCCACAGACCUCGACAUCAUCUACGGAAACUUCACCGGGGGCAUCGGAGGAUCCGGGAAUGGGAAUGUAACUGGAAGUGGAAACGUUCCCGGAAACACCAACGAUGAAAACCUGCCGCCUUUCAGUGACACCACCAAGCUGCUCAAAGGCUCCUCGCCUGCCAUCGUCACCACUGGCAGCGGGUCUUUGUCGUCAACCAGCCUAUCCAGUGUCUCCAGGGCUGGGGGCGGGUCCACUGGUAGCCUGUCCAGCACCUGCUCCGGCUCCUUGGAGGCCGGGCUAAACACUGUGGCGUCCCUCUACCUCAACUCAUUGGCCGACGAGUCCCUCAUCACCCGGUUACUCGAGAAGACUCGUGCAGGGGAGGAGGGGGGAGUGGGUGGCAGUGGGGGGGAGGACAUUCGGGCCUGCCUGGACAUUCUUGUCAAGUGUUCUGAGGACUUAAAGAAAUGUACCGACAUCAUCAAGCAGUGUAUCAGGCGCAAAAGUCCCGGGGGAGGGGGGGAGGAUGGUGGAGCCAGCCCAGAAACUGUCUACAAAGCUGUCAUGGCCAGACUCAGCUCCUAUCUGAAGAAACUGCCUCUGGAGCUGGAGGGCGCUGGGUUAGGGUCAGUGGCUGGGACUGGAGGUCAGGGGUCAGGGCUCGGAGGUCAUAGCGAGCUGGCCGAACUGGUUAGCAGUCUGCAUAUGCUUCAGCAGGCUGCUGUCCCCUUCUCGCCCAUGUUUGGAAACGAUCAGCCUCCGCGGUAUGAAGACGUCGUCCAGAACCCACCCUUACCCAAGACAAAGGCCACUCCACCAUCGUCGCUCACUUCUACCCCCUCCUCGUCUUCUUCUUCCCCCAAGUUUAUGCUUCCCUCCUCAUCCCUCGCUACAGACUCUUCUCCGUCUCCGUCCACAACGCCUGAGACGGCUGGGAGACAGAACGUUCAGACCAAUGGUCUGCAGCUCCCACACUCCCCCUCACUGCAUGCGCCGGCCACCUCGGCCCCUCCGUCCCAGGCACACGCACCGCCGUCUCAAACACAGGCCGCGCUGGCGCGCACACACACACCGGCUGUCUCCCACAUGGAGGCGCUCUUUAUUGAGGAGGACGCAGACUUGGGACGCGGGCUGGACAAGACCCCCAGACACACGCAUUCACACGCGCACACGCACUUGCACGCGCCGACCAGAAGCCUCACGCACGCCCACAGUCGGAAUGGGACAGCUUUUAGUCCCCACACCCCCCCCAGCUCAGCGCACACACACCUCAGCCCCAAUCUCCCGCACGCGCACACGCCGCACACACUCCGGUCCCCCGGGGAAGCCCUCACCUACUCCCCCACCUCCAAACACACCCCUCCCGUUAGCCACAGAGACGACGACAUCGACAGACUUCUGAUGGACUUGGAGUGUCUGUCGCAGAGCAUGGGUCGAGAGCGAGAGCUAGAGAGAGAGAGGGAAACAGAGAGGGAGCCCCCCCUCCCGGCCAAGACCAGAAAGAGGGGGGCAGGGCAGGGGAACACCUCCCCACAAACCCUGACGUCCCACCAGACACAAGCCCAAAUCAAUCCCCAGGCUGAUAGGCCUGUUGCUAUUAGCCACAUAGCCGUUAACAGACAGGCCUCCAGGACGACCCUCGGUUCGCCUUCUCCUCUGCCCCAGGAGGGCAGUGUGGUAGGGUUGGAAGAGGAGGAGGAUGGGGCGUUGCUCCUGAGGAUCCUGGAGAGCAUUGAGAGCUUUGCCCAGGAGCUGGUGGACUCUGGGGCAAGCCCUGGGAGCACUGGGAAGAGCGGAGCUCACAGCAAAGAAAAGGAAGUGAUGAGGCUUCUACAGGACACUCUGGCUGCUGCAGGGAAGACGGACAGUACACCCCAGGCCAGACGGCCUGCCUCCCCAUCCCCUGAUCCAGAUGGACCUGCAGCCGGACCGGUGCCUAUGCCUCAACCUGUCUCAACGGCUCCUACACCCGUCCCUGUCCAUACCCGCAUAACUCUAGCGGAGAGUGUCGCUAAACCCCAAGCUCUGCCUUCAGUCAUACCCAUACCUGUUCCUCCACCUGCGGUGAUACCCUCACCCAUUCCUGCGCCUACAGCAAUAGCCACACCUGUUCCUCCACCCACAGUUGCACCCACGCCUGUCCCUACACCUGCGGCUAGACUGGCUGGAACCGCUACACCUGAACGUACAGAUGGACCUAGAGCUGAAGAGUCAACCGGACCCGCCGAAGCCACCCCGCCACCGGUCGUAACACCGGGCCAACCCCCGACCCCUGCGGCUGACCCGGCGCCUGGUGCCGCCGUUGCUGCUCCUCCGGUUGCCGCGAGAAACCUGGUUGAUCCUAGCAACGGGCUUGCAAUCAGAGACACCGGCUCGACCCUGCUCAUCCAGCAGACACCUGAGGUGAUCAGAGUCCAGUCCAACAAGCAAGACAAGAAACCCAGCACCCCCCCACCAACCCCGCUCUCCCCCACCCCCUCCGUUCCUACCCCCUGCCGCACCCCUUCUCCUCCCCCCACCCCGGUCGUCCUCACCCCUCCUCCUCCUCCCCCCGCCCUCAACAUUCCCCGCUUCUAUUACCCGCGAGGGUUACCGGGGGCAACGACGGCCAACCACAAUGCCGCCAUCACUGCCGUAGAGUUGGCCUUCACAGAGUUUGAGGAGGAGAAGGCGGAUAUCUACGAGAUGGGCAAGAUUGCUAAGGCAUGCGGCUGUCCUCUGUAUUGGAAGGCGGCAAUGUUUAAUGGGGCAGGUGGAGAGAGAACUGGCUUUGUCUCGGUUCAUUCCUUCAUCGCUACCUGGAGGAAGUUGUUACAUAGUUGCUAUGACGAUUCGUCUAAGUUCAUCUACCUUCUGGCGAAGCCUGGCUGUACCUAUCUUGACCAGGAGGAUUUCAUCCCUUUACUGCAGGACAUUGUAGACACCCACCCGGGACUGACGUUCCUGAAGGAUGCCCCAGAAUUUCAUUCCCGAUACAUCACCACCGUGAUUCAGCGGAUAUUCUAUGUGGUAAACCGCUCGUGGACGGGGCGCAUCACCAUGACGGAACUACGCAGGAGCAACUUCCUGCAGACCUUGGCCUUGCUAGAAGAGGAGGAUGAUAUCAACCAGAUAACAGAUUAUUUCUCCUACGAACAUUUCUAUGUGAUCUACUGUAAGUUCUGGGAGUUAGAUACAGACCAUGACCUUUAUAUUGACCCUAAGGAUCUGGCACGCUACAAUGACCACGCUUCUUCAAGCAGAAUCAUCGAGAGGUUAUUCUCAGGAGCGGUGACACGGGGAAGUUCUGUGCAGAGAGAAGGCAGGAUGAGUUAUGCUGAGUUUGUUUGGUUCCUCCUCUCAGAAGAAGACAAGAAAAACUCUACCAGUAUAGAGUACUGGUUCAGAUGUAUGGACACCGAUGGGGACGGCGUGUUGUCUAUGUUUGAGCUGGAGUUCUUCUAUGAGGAACAAUGUGCCAGGAUGGAGGCGAUGGGCAUUGAACCACUACCUUUCACAGAUCUGCUCUGUCAGAUGCUAGACCUUGUCAAACCUGAGGUUCAAGGUAAGAUAACCCUGUCCGAUCUGAAGAGGUGUAGGAUGGCUCAUAUAUUCUUUGACACGUUCUUCAACCUGGAGAAAUACCUGGACCAUGAACAGAGAGACCCCUUCGCACUGCAGAAGGACAUAGACAGCGAGAGUCCAGAGCCGUCGGAUUGGGAUAAAUAUGCCUCUGAGGAAUACGAGAUCCUGGUGGCUGAGGAAACCGCCAACGAACAGCUACACGACGGAUCAUUUGAUGAUGACUAUGAAGAGGCGGAGCUUCCUAUUCAAGGAGAGAUGGUCGGAAAUAAAAUGGAUAAGCUGGUCAUAACGGAUCUUUCAGCGUAAACUUCCCAAAACUUGGAACACCUCCCCCUUCUCCGUGGAGUCGCGGGAGAGCGACAGAGUGAUGGGCAGGCAAAAGACAGGGAUGUCUCAACGCUCUGCCCUCCUCCUCUCAUACACAGACAGGACAAAGGACAUGGAUGGAUAGAGAAGACAGAGGGAGAACGGGAUCGACAGAUAGAGAGAAAAAACUCUGGCAGCUGUCUUCUCAGCCCUCUGACGGGAAAAUACUUAUUUUCUACUCUUAUAAUUUCUCCUCUGCAGAAAAAGACUGUUAUUGGAGUGUGUGUGUGUGUGUGUGUGUGUGGGUGUGCGCGCGUGUGUGUAUGUGUGUGUCAUCCCAAAGACUGCGUGGUGCAAUAAUACGCCCUUACAUGUCUAACAUGCAGAAGUAGGAAAGGACAAAUCAGGUUAUCCAACGAUAGGUAGAUACUUCCUAUCAUGUGUGUAAUAACUGCCAUAUUAAGACGUUUCACUGACAAUCAAGAACUAGACAAUCAUCUAAUGAAUCGAGUUGUUUCAAUGAACAACAAACGCACCCAGCACUGUUUACAACAGCGCCAUCUUGUGAUCACUAGAUGUCCAGCAGGUUGCUCUUUACCCUGAAUUAAGUGAGUAUCAGAAAGAGGAGAUUUUAAUCGCUCAUUUCAAGUGUUCUCCUUUUUACAAAGAGCAUUGUCAAUGUUUCAUUUCAAAGUGUUACAGUUAAAUUAGUUGUUCAGGCAGGUCGUGUCUGUCCGUUACAUUCAAAAUAGUAGACUGUUUUUCUAGUUGGGCUUAACUGCAUGUACUGUAGAUUUAUGUCGACGUUCUUCUGAAAGAGUUCACUUUUGCCAUGGCGGAGGCUGCCUCACUGACAGCCACCCGUCACACACCCCAGUGUACAUAAACUAAGCUGUAACUAACUAUUAAUUAAUAUGAACUAUCUCUCUGGUAGAGAUGUUACUGUAAAAACCAAAACAGACAUUUCCAGAAGUGACACACACCUGCAAGCCACAAGACGCGCUGUAGACAUGCAGAACAUUACAGCCUUUUUUGGUGUCACCAAAAGUUUUUUUUUUUAUAUCAUGAAGGCCGCAGUCCAUAAUCUGGGCGUACCAUGAAAUAGUGACGUAACAAAACUGCCUUUCAGUCAUUAUUAAUAUUCUAGCAUCAAGUGUUCUUUAGUUUUUUAUCACUGGUGAAUGUUGAUGGUGUUUUUAAGCUCUUUGCUUGCGCGUGAGUGUGUGUGUGUCUGUGUGCGUGUGUGCGUGCAUCUUUAAUAGCAGGUCAACAGUCCGUACCUCUAUUAUGCAUUGUAAAUGUGUCUGUGUAUUUAACCUCUGUAGAGCCUAGCCAUUGUGUAACCCUGAGGAUGUGAGUUCACGGAUGCGUUGUGUUGCCAUGCCACCGUGUGGCUUCUCUGGGGUUAAGCUGUGCGCUGUGACCCGGAUGCACAACAACGAUUGGCUGGUGUCCAUUGAGGGACACACCAGCCAGACAAUCAAUUGUCAAUCGAUUCGGCAAUCAGAAAAAAAAUCAGUCAAUCAGAUAAUCUGAUUGGAUUAUAUGGAGCACCUUUGCUGUGGCUGGAUUAGCAGCCCCGCCCCCACCCCAGAGAAACUCUUGACUGCUGUAGAGACACUACCAUACAAGAACACACACAGAUUUGUAAGACAUUGCUGUGUCUAGUUCUAUGCAAACAAUCUGGUUUGUGCUCACUGCCAUGGGAACACACACUCUUAUACACAUUUAUAAGACACUGAUAUGCCUGGCAUCUAUGCAAACAAUCUGCUUUUUUGCUUACUGCCCUUGAAAAUCGCACGCACACACACACACACACACACACACACACAGACAAUAGGUGCUCGGGGCACAGAUCUUGGUGAGCAGCCAUGAUGGAAUUGCCAGAACUCUUGCCACACUGAGGAUUUUGAAAUGUUUGUCUGCUUUAAAUGACUUUUGCUUUGAAAUUUAGAGGACUUUUGUCUUAUGUUUUUCUUUCUUCCUCAUCUGAUGUUUUACUUCCACAAAGAUCAAAAAGACUUGAGUAGACAUUCUUGUGUUCGCAUGGCUUUCUUUUGCCUCUCUAUUCAUUUGUUUAUUUUUUCAUCCUUUCUCUUGCUUUCUUCUUACCUUCCUUCUUUUCUUUGUUUUCUUUUGAAACUGAAUUAAAAUAAAGACAAUUUAAGAGUU